UACUCAUUGCUCUCUCUCUCUCUCUCUCUCUCGUGGAAAGACAACUACUUACUGACAAAGCUCUCAACUUUCAUGGCUUCUUUUAGCUUCCUGAGCUGAUUCUCCUCAGGUCUCUCUCUCUUCCAUGUUCUUUGUUUAAUACGUUUUAAAUUCACCAUUGCAACAUCUUUCUCUUUGUAUCAUUUCCAGAUCUAUCAUUACAUUCUCUAAUCUAUAUUCUAAUUUUGUAUUUUUCCCUUUGUAAUCACUUCUUAAUCUAAUCUCUUCUUCAAACUAAUUCUUUUCCGUCUUUCUGUUUGGCACUAUUUAUAGAAUCUCGCCACAAACCUCAUUAUCUUCAACGCUAGCCAAAAUUAUGAAAAUGUCUAUACCCUUGCUCCCCCUUUUUCUUGGGGUUUCUGUUUUCGUUCUCUUUUCCAGUCAUUUUGCGCUUGCCGGAGUGCUCACCUGCUCUGGGAUAGUGCCGAUGAGGUAUAGGGACGAUAACAUAUCGAUAACCGACUUUGGUGGCGUCGGCGACGGGAGGACGCUGAAUACCAAGGCGUUUAGGGAGGCAAUAUAUCGGAUUCAGCAUCUCAGGAGAGAUGGUACGCUGCUCUAUAUACCUCCUGGAGUGUACUUAACGGAGAGCUUUAAUCUCACUAGCCACAUGACUCUUUACUUGGCUAGAGGUGCCGUUAUUAAGGCCACUCAGGAUUCUUCAAAUUGGCCUUUAAUUGCUCCUUUGCCAUCUUAUGGAAGAGGGAGGGAGCGCCCUGGUGGGAGGUAUAUAAGCUUUAUUCAUGGAGAUGGACUUAGUGAUGUGGUAAUCACAGGUGAGAAUGGGACAAUUGAUGGACAAGGAGAUGUCUGGUGGAGCAUGUGGAGGCAGAGAACUCUUAAAUUUACGAGACCUAAUCUUGUUGAAAUUGUAAAUUCAAGAAGCAUAAUCAUAUCCAAUGUGAUUUUCAAGAACUCUCCCUUUUGGAAUAUUCAUCCUGUUUAUUGCAGCGAUGUUGUUAUCCAAUUUGUUACCAUCUUGGCCCCGCGAGAUUCGCCCAAUACCGAUGGAAUUGAUCCAGAUUCAAGCUCUAAUGUCUGCAUAGAGGAUUCAUUCAUUUCUACUGGAGAUGACCUUGUAGCUGUGAAAAGUGGGUGGGAUGAAUAUGGGAUUGCUUAUGGUCGCCCAAGCUCUGGCAUCACAAUCCGAAGGGUAACAGGAUCAUCUCCUUUUGCUGGAAUUGCAGUUGGGAGCGAAACCUCUGGUGGGGUGGAGAAUGUCUUGGCAGAAAAUAUAAACCUCUCCAACAUGGGAGUCGGCAUACAUGUAAAAACAAACAUUGGCAGAGGAGGGUUCAUAAGAAAUAUCACCUUUUCUGAUGUUUAUGUGGAAAACGUGCGAACGGGGAUCAAGAUUGCAGGGGAUGUUGGAGAUCACCCAGAUGACAAGUUCAACCCAAAUGCUCUUCCAGUUGUUAAGGGCAUCACACUUAAGAGUGUUUGGGGGGAGAAGGUUCAGCAGCCAGGUUCAAUACAAGGCCUGAAGAACUCUCCUUUCACCGGAAUAUGUCUCUCUAACAUCAACCUUCAUGGUGUGUCAGGACCAAGAUCUACUCCAUGGAAGUGCUCUGAUGUAAGUGGUGCUGCUCUUGAGGUAAGCCCAUGGCCUUGUUCUGAGCUUACAGCCACACAUCAGGCUGCUACAUGUUCUGAUCACAUUUGAUAUGCGUUAAUUCUUUUUUUUUUUUUUUUUCAUUUCUGUUCGAGUAAUAAAUAUCUUGAAUUUUUCAUU